AGAGAAAAAAAAGAAAAGAGAAAGAAAAAAGAGAAAGAAAGGGGAAAAAAGGAAAAGAAAAGAAAGAAAAAAGAAAGAAAAAGAAGCACACACAAAAAGUGGAAACUUUUUCUCCCUGUCCACUUCAUCAAGUUCUGGAAAAUCAAAAUGGAUUUAGAGAAAAAUUACCCGACUCCUCGGACCGGCAGGACAGGACAUGGAGGAGUGAAUCAGCUUGGGGGGUUUUUGUGAAUGGACGGCCACUCCCGGAUGUAGUCCGCCAAAGGAUAGUGGAACUUGCUCAUCAAGGUGUCAGGCCCUGCGACAUCUCAAGGCAGCUUCGAGUCAGCCAUGGUUGUGUCAGCAAAAUUCUUGGCAGGUAUUAUGAGACGGGGAGCAUCAAGCCUGGUGUAAUUGGAGGAUCCAAACCAAAGGUCGCCACACCCAAAGUGGUGGAAAAAAUUGCUGAGUAUAAACGCCAAAAUCCCACCAUGUUUGCCUGGGAGAUCAGGGACCGGCUGCUGGCGGAACGGGUGUGUGACAAUGACACGGUGCCCAGCGUCAGUUCCAUCAACAGGAUCAUCCGGACUAAAGUACAACAACCCCCGAACCAGCCGGUCCCAGCUUCCAGUCACAGCAUAGUGUCCACGGGCUCCGUGACGCAGGUGUCGUCGGUGAGCACGGACUCGGCCGGCUCCUCGUACUCCAUCAGCGGUAUCCUGGGCAUCACGUCUCCCAGCGCAGACACCAACAAGCGCAAGAGAGAUGAAGGUAUUCAGGAGUCUCCGGUGCCGAACGGCCACUCACUGCCAGGCAGAGACUUCCUCCGGAAGCAGAUGCGGGGAGAACUGUUCACGCAGCAGCAGCUGGAGGUGCUGGACCGCGUGUUUGAGAGGCAGCACUACUCGGACAUCUUCACCACCACAGAGCCCAUCAAGCCCGAGCAGUGGUGCCCCGUGCUGAUGAGACAAUACUUGGUGCAGCCCCAGGCAGUCCUUUUCCAGACCACUGAGUACUCAGCUAUGGCCUCGCUGGCUGGAGGGCUGGAUGACAUGAAGGCCAACCUGACCAGCCCCACUCCCACCGACAUUGGGAGCAGCGUGCCCGGGCCACAGUCCUACCCCAUUGUGACAGGCCGUGACUUGGCGAGCACGACCCUCCCCGGGUACCCUCCGCACGUCCCCCCCGCCGGACAAGGCAGCUACUCAGCACCGACGCUGACAGGGAUGGUGCCUGGGAGUGAGUUUUCCGGGAGCCCCUACAGCCACCCUCAGUAUCCCUCAUACAACGACUCCUGGAGGUUCCCCAACCCGGGGCUGCUCGGCUCCCCAUACUAUUACAGCGCCGCUGCCCGAGGGGCUGCCCCACCUGCAGCCGCCACUGCCUAUGACCGUCACUGACCCUCGGAGCCAGGCAGGCGCCAAGCACUUAUAACACAUAUCACUGAGGGCGAUAGCCUCUCAGCCCCUCUGAAGAUGGCCAGAGGGGCCCAACGAGACCAUCCCCCAGCAACCCCCACUCACCUGAAACUCCCUCCCAACCUUUUCCUGCCAGGGACUCUGGGGUUCCAUGGUAAGGCUGUUGGACUUGUAGACAUGCGUCCAUUUCUAAGAGUCAAUCAGUGAGCUUCUCCCAACAGCAGCUGGGUCUCUGCAAACCAACGGACUAUUCUUCAGACAACUGUAGCCCCAGCCUAGCUUGCCAGUCCCCAGCUGUCUGACCAUCCACCUGUCUUCCUGCCCCAGGCCUGGGAAGGAGAGCUUGCUUUUGUCGCUUCAACAGCACCCAUGUAAAUACCUUCUUGCUUUUUUGUGGGCCUGAGGGUCCAGCUGAGCAGACAGCCCACCCAUUAUGCAUCCAGUACUCCCGAUG